CAUGCACACCAGCCGGAACGAUUUGUUCACUGAAAAUCCAUGACGUGUUCACGUGGGGGUCGAAUAGCAAAGACGAAUUCUCUUUCGCAACGAGUCCUCUGCGGACUACAAAGUAUAUUUUUGUCUAAGAGAAAAAUAUCAAACCAGCAUCAUGGUUAACUUUACAGUUGAUCAGAUCCGAGCGAUCAUGGACAAAAAAGACAACAUCCGUAACAUGUCUGUCAUUGCUCAUGUGGAUCACGGCAAGUCUACCUUAACUGACUCACUAGUCAGCAAGGCUGGUAUCAUCGCAGGUGCCCGUGCCGGCGAGACCCGGUUCACAGAUACACGCAAGGAUGAACAGGACCGUUGCAUCACCAUCAAAUCAACCGCUAUAUCUCUAUACUACGAAUUGAGAGAACAGGAUUUGGAAUACAUCACCCAAAACAAGAGUGGUAAUGGAUUCUUGAUCAACUUGAUCGACUCACCUGGACACGUAGAUUUCUCAUCUGAAGUUACUGCUGCACUGCGUGUCACUGAUGGUGCCCUUGUUGUUGUGGAUUGCGUCAGUGGUGUGUGCGUCCAAACAGAGACUGUGUUGCGUCAAGCUAUCAGUGAACGUAUCAAACCUGUUGUGUUUAUGAACAAGAUGGACCGCGCUUUGUUGGAACUGCAGCUGGAAAUGGAAGAUCUUUACCAGACCUUCCAACGUAUUGUUGAGAGUGUUAAUGUCAUCAUUGCCACCUACAGUGAUGAAGAUGGCCCUAUGGGUAAUAUCCAGGUUGACACCUCAAAAGGAACUGUUGGAUUUGGUUCAGGGCUUCAUGGAUGGGCCUUUACACUCAAACAGUUUGCAGAGAUAUACAGCUCCAAGUUCAAGAUUGAACCUGCCAAGUUGAUGAAACGUCUCUGGGGUGACCAGUUCUUCAACCCCAAACUAAAGAAAUGGGCCAAGGUGGCUGGAGAUGGCUACGUUCGUGGUUUCAAUCAGUUUGUCUUGGACCCUAUCUACAAGAUGUUUGACGCCAUCAUGAACUUCAAGAAGGAUGUUACACAGCAAUUGAUGGAGAAGCUUAAUAUCAAAUUGACAAGUGAAGAAAAAGAUCUUGAAGGCAAGCCUCUACUUAAGGUUGUGAUGCGCAAGUGGCUUCCAGCUGGUGAUGCCCUACUCCAGAUGAUAACAAUACAUCUACCAUCACCUGUCACCGCUCAAAAAUACCGAAUGGAACUACUCUACGAAGGACCCCAUGACGACCCCGCUGCUCUUGGUAUCAAGAACUGCAACCCUGAUGCACCUCUGAUGAUGUACAUCUCCAAGAUGGUGCCAACUUCUGACAGAGGACGAUUCUAUGCAUUUGGCAGAGUCUUCUCUGGUACUGUUGCCACUGGUCAAAAGUGUAGGCUUAUGGGGCCCAACUUUGUACAAGGCAAGAAGGAAGAUCUCUAUGUGAAACCAAUUCAGAGGACUGUACUGAUGAUGGGACGUUACAUCGAGCCGAUUGAGGAUGUACCGUGCGGUAACAUUGUUGGUCUUGUUGGUGUUGAUCAGUACCUUGUCAAGACCGGAACCAUUACAACCUACGAAAAGGCUCAUAAUUUGAAGGUUAUGAAAUUCAGUGUCAGUCCUGUUGUGCGUGUUGCUGUUGAGGUCAAGAACCCAUCUGAUCUACCAAAACUUGUGGAAGGUUUGAAAAGAUUAUCUAAGUCUGACCCUAUGGUCCAGUGCACUAUUGAAGAAUCUGGUGAACAUAUUGUUGCCGGUGCCGGAGAACUCCAUCUGGAAAUCUGCCUAAAAGAUCUGGAAGAAGAUCAUGCCUGCAUUCCCCUGAAAAAGUCGGACCCUGUGGUCUCGUACAGAGAAACUGUUGAGAACGAAUCGGACAGGAUGUGUUUGUCCAAGUCUCCAAAUAAGCACAAUCGUCUAUUCAUGAAAUGUACAAAUAUGCCUGAUGGUUUGCCAGAGGCCAUUGAUAACGGUGAUGUCACUCCAAGAAAUGAUCCAAAGACCAGAGCUAGGUACCUCGCAGAUAACUUUGGUUAUGACCCAACUGAAGCACGUAAAAUCUGGGCAUUUGGACCUGAAGGAACUGGUCCAAACUUAGUAGUCGAUGUCACAAAGGGAGUGCAAUACCUCAAUGAGAUAAAAGACAGUGUUGUCGCUGGAUUCAACUGGGCAACAAAAGAGGGUGUCCUCUGUGAAGAGAAUGUUAGGGGUGUACGCUUCAACAUCCAUGAUGUCACCCUACACACUGAUGCAAUUCAUCGUGGAGGUGGCCAGAUCAUUCCAACAGCAAGAAGGGUUCUGUACGCCUGCAUGCUAACUGCAUCUCCCCGCAUCUAUGAGCCUGUAUACCAAGUAGAGAUCCAGUGCCCAGAAAAUGCUGUUGGUGGUAUAUAUGGUGUAUUGAACAGACGCAGAGGUAUGGUAGUGUCUGAAGCCCAAACACCAGGAACUCCCAUGUUUGUUGUCAAAGCUUUCCUUCCUGUCAACGAAUCAUUUGGUUUUACUGCAGAUCUUCGAUCCAACACUGGAGGGCAGGCAUUUCCACAGUGUGUGUUUGAUCACUGGCAGAUUCUACCAGGAGACCCUCUUGAGGGAGGCAAUUCCAAGGCAAGCACUGUACUCCAAGGGAUCCGAAAAAGAAAGGGAUUGCCAGAGGUUAUGCCCGCGCUUGACAAAUACUUGGAUAAACUUUAAACAACGCUCUUAAUAAGUUGGCGCUAAAACCAUACUUAAUAUAAUGAUGGCUAGUUUUCUGAUAUGCUAACUUAUUCAAAUAAGAUAAUUUAAUAUUUACUGAUUUUAAGAGAUGACAUUUUUUAUGUUUUCAAUGUAAUUAUUCAUGCUAUAUUAUGUUCAAGGCACCCUUAAACUGCCAAUGCAUUACACCAGAUAUGGCCAAUACAGUGCAUCAGAAGAUCCUCAGAUGCGGUAGAAGAAAUAAAAAAUUAUUAAGUCUAUUCACAUUAACAAAGUUGAGCAUUAUGUGGGAUAUCAGAAGCAUUCUAAGUAAAGAUAAGUGUUAUAAGAAAAAAAAUUAAUAAAGACUGGUACAAUAGA